AUGUUUCUUAUUGAAAACGAAAACGGCAGUGUCUUGAUUACUGGUGAUAUUAGAGCUGAGAAAUGGUGGUGCAACAAGCUCCAGAACGUUCCUUCGUUGUUUCCAUACAUCUCUGGAUUGAGGACGCUCGAUAGUAUCUACUUCGACGCAACUUUUGGAUAUAGAGGAGAGCCCUACAUCGAAAUCCCUCCAAAUAAUUCAGGAAUUCAUACCGCAAUUAAUAUUUUGAAGGAUUUUCCGAAAGAUGACCCUGAAAUAUGUUUCAUGUUUCUAGAUACCAUUCUUGGUUUCGAACUGGCAUGGGCCUUUAUCUUGAGCUUCUUCAGAGCUUCACUCCGAAUUGAAGACAAAAAGUUACUUGACUUGAUCAGCUCUGCUGCAAAUUUCGACAAGAUUAACGGCCCCUCUUUACUUCUGGCUAUAGAAAAGGGUAAAAGCAAACAUCACAAUAGACAUGGUGUGUUCUACGCCGCCUCUCGAGGAUUUAAACACACAGAGAACGUCCCAGUUUUCGUGAAGAUAAAACAAUGCAUAAAUUUCAAUAUUAUGGACUUCGCCGGAGUCUUCUGCCCUCUUCGUUUGGAUAGCAUGAGCUUACAGGAGAGAAGGACACUUACAAUGGUACACGAGACACAGAGGGGUAAUAAAGUGUAUCUGGUACGUGGCCGCUCAUGGAUUCUUCCAAAAAAUGGACGAGAACUUCUACCCUUGAAUGUCAAGCUUGUCUUUUCCAGGCACUCUUCAUAUUCAGAAACCCGAAGUUUUAUUUCAAUUUUCCGUCCAAGACAAGUUUUUCCUUGCUGGCAUUCAAAAGAAGCUUGGCUAAAUGGGUUUGGCAUGAAUAGACUCUUUGGAGAGCUCUGCUCGGGAGAUAUAUUUUGUUUCGACACCAACAUGCUGUCUCAAUACGGCGUCCCUAUGAAAGAGAUAAUGACCCGCAAAGUUUCUACGAUAAAUAGAUGGGAUGUCAACAGUUGCAAGGAAGAAGAAAUCUUUAUCAAAGAUACAUUACAAGAAACCAAAAAACUCAAGGACCAAGGCUUAUCAAACAGAAGCAUUGCUUUGAUCAACCUAAGGAGGGUUGUCAGAGUACCUAUUUUCAAGAAAGAUCGAACAGCUGAAGAUCAAGACUUUAUGCUCAAGAAGACCAAGGACUUCACAUUUCAGAAAAUAGUAGAGGGUCGGCGAGAAGUAUCUUACCGAAAGUUUAUUGAAGAACAGCAACAACUUUACUAUAAAAGAAACAAUCUUCCACAAUUCAAACGUGAUUACGAAAGCGUGAAGUACCUGCGACAAUUCAGUUCUACAUUAGGUGGAUCCAGUGACUACGAUACAGAUAGCUGCUCCAGCUCUUUGGAUUUGACAGCAAUUGCGACCGGAAACACACCUCCAAUUGAGUUUUCGUCUCAGGAUUCCGAGACAGUUGAAUCACAAACAAAUGACGACGUGGAAAUUCCGAGAGGUCUGAGGAUUGCAAAUCUCACUAGGAGGCGUCAUUAUAGACCCAAAAAUUCUUUUGUGAGGUCAUCCUUUGGUUCCUUCGAGGAAUCUAUCGCUUCUAAGAGGAUUCACAGAUGUCUGACAGAGCCUGUUUUCUGCUAG